AUGCUUUCCUCGGUCAGACUUGUCACGCGCAGAGCUGCUGUCAGAAGCGCUUUUGCUUCCCCUGGUCGCAGCUUGCUUGCUGUCCGCGCCGCCUCGCUCUGGGCCAACGUCCCUCAAGGUCCUCCUAUUCCCACACCUCAACAUAGCUUCAAGCUGCUAGCCCGAGCUAUCUCCGUCCUCGCGCUGUGUGUCACCUGUAUCACGGAAGCUUUCAAGGCCGACACCUUCGACAAGAAGAUCAAUCUCGGUGUCGGUGCCUACCGCGAUGACAAGGGCAAGCCUUACGUCCUCCCCUCCGUCCGCAAGGCCGAGGACAAGGUCAUCCACUCCCGCAUGAACAAGGAGUACGCCGGCAUCACUGGUGUCCCCGAGUUCACAAAGGCUGCCGCCGUUCUCGCCUACGGCAAGGACAGCUCCGCCCUGGACCGUCUCGUCAUCACCCAGUCCAUCUCGGGUACUGGUGCCCUCCGCAUUGGUGGUGAAUUCCUCAACCGCUUCUUCCCCGGAGCCAAGAAGAUCUACAUCCCCACCCCUUCGUGGGCCAACCACGGCGCCGUCUUCCGCGACUCUGGUCUCGAGGUCGCCCAGUAUGCCUACUACGACAAGAACACCAUCGGCCUCGACUUUGAGGGUCUGAUCCGCGACCUCAAGGCUGCCCCCAACAGCUCCAUCUUCCUCUUCCACGCCUGCGCCCACAACCCCACCGGUGUCGACCCCACCCCCGAGCAGUGGAAGGAGAUCGAGGCCGUCGUCAAGGACAAGGGCCACUACUCCUUCUUCGACAUGGCCUACCAGGGUUUCGCUUCCGGCGACAUCCACAAGGAUGCUUUUGCUGUUCGCUACUUUGUCGAGCAGGGCCACAACAUCUGCCUUGCCCAGUCCUUCGCCAAGAACAUGGGUCUCUACGGCGAGCGUGUCGGUGCCUUCUCCAUUGUCUGCGCCGACGCCGACGAGAAGAAGCGCGUUGACUCGCAGGUCAAGAUUCUGGUCCGCCCUCUCUACUCCAACCCUCCCAUCCACGGUGCCCGCAUCGCCGCCGAGAUUCUCAACACCCCCGAGCUCUACGAGCAGUGGCUUACCGAGGUCAAGGAGAUGGCCGACCGCAUCAUCAAGAUGCGCGCCCUCCUCAAGGAGAACCUGGAGAAGCUCGGCAGCAAGCACGACUGGAGCCACAUCACCAGCCAGAUCGGCAUGUUCGCCUACACUGGUCUGACCCCCGAGCAGAUGGAGAAGCUGGCCAAGGAGCACAGCGUGUAUGCCACCAAGGACGGCCGUAUCUCUGUCGCUGGUAUCACUAGCGAGAACGUUGGCCGUCUCGCCGAGGCCAUUUUCAAGGUCAAGGGUUAG